AUGGAUUAUUCAUCGACUUCAAACAAAAUUUUUCCAGAAAAUUCUAAUUAUAACGAGGAAAAUAACGAUGAAGAUUUAUUUGAAUGGCAAUACAUUGAACUUAUUCUUCACGGCAUGAACAUGGGAAAAUACUUGAAUAAUUUUGUUAAUUUAAACAUGUCCUUAACUACUUUUUUAAACAUGACUGAUGAUGAUCUUUUCAAUGUUGGAAUCAAUGAUGGAAACGACAGAAAAGUUAUUUUGGAUAAUUUAAAAGUGCACAAAAAUUAUGGUGAAAAUUGUCAUAUACCAGAAAGCCACUCACAGGAUUUACGAAUUGCAAAAAAUGUAUUAAGUCAAUUAGUGAUAUUAAAUAAAUAUGCUGCUCUACUCAAAUACAAAUGGAUAAAUCAAAAAUGUAUAGAAAUUGAUGAUGAUGAUGAUAAUUCUUAUACAACACAAUCUCUUCGAUUAUUUUCAAAUGUUUCACUCGAGCAAUGUAAUAACAUUAUUGAUAAAUUACAAGGUCCAGACAAUCUUAUCGAUCUGGUUUUGCAGGUCAAUAGCAUGAAACUUCCAGAAAAUUUAAGUGGACAUUUCAAUGAAAAAAAAUACAAAGUCGUUUAUAAUUAUAAAAAACUCAUCUACCUGUGUAUGGGAAUUUCCUUAUUUGCAUUUACAGCCAUGAAAUCAUUUAAAUUAGUCAAAGUUUAUGAAUGUGCUUUUCUCAUGUGA